AGGAAUGGUCUAGUUGGGGUGCGCUUAGCCGUUCAGUAUGUGUAAUCAAGUGUUGUGAACAGUCUGCUAAAGAGACUUAAAAAUCGAUAGAAAAUGGCUAUGAGAAAUUUAACCGAACCAUUCGUUCUGAUGCGAAACAAUACUUUGCAAAGCAAGCACAUAUAUGCCGAACAGAAUCUAUCAGAUCGAAUGGCACUGGUGGCUCCGGAGUAUGGCAGCUCCGACAACGUAGAACUAAGAAACAUUAAUCUGGAAAAUAACGCACCACCUGUUUGGAUAGAUGCCUUGGAGGAGACGCAAUAUAUUUUAAGUAGAUUACGCGUGAAAGUAGACACUUUAAUAGAAUUACACGGCAAACAGUUAACCAGGCCAACGUUGGACGAUACGUCACAGGAAGAAAGGCAAAUGGAACAACUGACGCGAGAAAUAGGACGUGCGUUUUCAAACGGUUACCGUCAAGUGCAAAGUAUAAAAACCGCGGUUAGGCACGCUACCAAACCCGUGGAACGACAGUUAGCCACGAGUGCAGUGAUGGCUCUUUCGACUGCUUUGCAAGAGCUGGGUCUUCGAUACAGAUCCGCUCAGAACCAUUAUUUGACGCAGAUAAAAUCAAGGGAAGAGAGAAGUAAUCAAUUUUUUCCGGAAGAUCAAUCGAUAUACUUAAAUAAUACUACGACCGACACGUGGUUAGUUGACACGAACGAAACGAACGCAGAAUCUUGGCACAUCAACGAACAACGUCAAGAUUCUGUACUUUUGCAGUUGGAUGAUUCAGAAGAUAGAAUGAAGUUUGCUAUGGAAAGGGAGGAACAAAUUGGCAGCAUAGUACAGAGUAUCGCGGAUCUCAGACACAUAUUCAAAGAUUUAGGAAAUAUGGUGCAGGAUCAGGGCACCGUCUUGGAUAGAAUCGAUUAUAAUAUUGAACAAACACAAGUACAAGUACAGGAAGGUUAUAAACAAUUAAAAAAGGCAGACUCUUAUCAAAGAGCCAAUAGAAAAUUGUACUGUAUAGUCGUCCUUGCAGGAACUAUUAUUCUAGUUAGUUUUCUUUUCGUUGUAUUUAAAACGUAAGACACGAAGUUUAUACGAAUUGGGCAGGUACGCCCCAAAUACACAGUUAUAGUUGUUAUUUCCUAAUGUUUCGCGAAUGGGAACAUGGACAAUGGUUUUAGCAUGUAUGCUGCGCGGACUAUAAUAUUCUAAUAAAUACAGAAAACACUACGUAAGCAGAAGAACAGUUACUUUGAACGCCUUACAGACGUUAUCAU